AGCUCCUGCCCGGACUGACACUCCUCCCACCACUCUUCUUCACGCUCGCCGCUCUCGCUCCCAAGUAUAAUCUGCGAGGGCUCCAUCGCCAUGUCAUUAGAUCCGCCAACCUACAUUCUCUCCCUGCAAAACAACAUCCGCGCCCGCCCUAUAUCGUGGGAAGGCGCAGUGCGGGCCAAGACCAUCACAGAUGCUGACCUGAAGAAGAUCAAGUCAAUUGACAAGGUGCGCAAGGAGCAGCGGAAACAGACCAUAGAGGCCGAUGUGGGUAGCUUUGUGGCGCUGUUGCUGGGUGGACAUGGGAGUCCGAGCAUCUUCGAGGCAGCAGCUAAACGCCAGGACAUCACACAGUACAUGCUGGUGUUGACGGGUGACUUGAUCGAAGAUUCCCCAAGCCUUAGCUCAGCUCUCGUCCAACACCCGGCACCCUUCAAGCCCUUCCUACCUCUCCUCAAAGCUGCACCUAAUGUCGAAGACCCUAUCCCGCUUCUGACAUCCUCCGUGCUUGCAAGUCUCCUAUCCCAUGCCCUCAGCCAACCCUCGAAGAGCACCUCCCAGACCGACGAAGCCCUCCCCCAGAUCUACACCUAUCUUUCGGCCCUGUCGAAGAGCUCGGAUGCCGGCCUGCAAGACAUUGCGGUACAGGAAUACUCUGCGGUUCUCUGUAGCAAGAAGUCGAGACAGAUUUUCUGGGAGCAAAGACAGGAGACGCUAGAUCCUCUUAUCGACAUCCUCCGAGCGGCAUCUGGGGCCGCUAGAGACCAAGACUCGACCCUAUGGAGCGGAGGAAGCAAUGUGCGCAGUGUGCCCGAAGGAGGGCUUGCAGGGGGCGUUGGACUCCAGCUGCUGUACCAUGUCCUUCUUGUCAUCUGGCAGCUCAGCUUUGAGGGCGAGCUGCUCGGCGAUGGACUCCAUGAUGAACACGACAUAAUAAUCCUCUACACACAUCUCCUGCGUCUUUCGCCCAAGGAAAAGACCACCCGGCUCCUCCUUUCCACCCUGCUGAACCUCCUAACCACCAACCGAUCCACGCUCCUUCCCGCAGCCGUUCUUGCGCGCCUCCCCUCCCUUCUCACCACCAUGAAAACGCGUCAUCUCACUGACCCCGACGCCCUCGAGGACCUGCAGGCCCUCACCGAGCUCCUAGACGACUAUACCAAAACACAAACUACCUUCGAUGAAUACGCCGCUGAAAUCAACUCCGGACAUCUGCGCUGGUCUCCUCCUCACCGCAAUCCCACCUUCUGGAGAGAAAAUGCCCGCAGGAUCCUGGAAGAAAACAAGGGAGAACUACCACGCAAGCUUGCAGAUAUACUGUCCAAGGGCUGGGACAACGAUAAACAGGUCUUGGCGAUCGGGUGUAAUGAUGUAGCCUGCCUUGUUAAGGAAGUACCAGAGAAACGAAGCCAGCUGGAGAGGCUGGGACUUAAAGGAAGAGUCAUGGAGCUUAUGCAGGAGGCGGAUGAGAGUGUGAGGUGGGAGAGUCUGAGGGCUGUGGGCGAAUGGCUGAGAUAUAGUUUUGAGGGGAAGAGUGAACUACCCUUACGAUAAGUUAAGGAAGAGCUAUUGAGAGCCCGACAGCCGGAGUGAGUGUGAAAUGGGAAGGAGAGAGAUCAUGUGUAUUUUGUUUGAACUAUUAGUAUAUGCCAACCAGCACGGCGUCCCAGCUUUGCAAAUAUAUCUUGUUUGG